CGUAACGGAGCGUCUCCGCGCGUCCACCGGCCCGCCCGGACGUCUGCGCGCGCGCAACACAAACAUUCCAAAUACGAAUUUUAAAACUGUGACUGUGUUUAUUUUUUAUGUUUCGGUGUUAUGUGGCCAGUGUUGAUUUACAGCAAUUAGUGAAUGAGCAAAAAGGAUGUGACAGUUUUUCGUGAUUUGACUGUUACGGAAGUUUGAUUAGUGUGUGUGUGUGUGUGUGUGUUUUUUUUAAAUUAAAAGGAGCGAUGACCAGGAAGUUCCUGCUGUGUUUCCCCCUCAGGGUGGGCAACAUCGUCUUCGGGUACAUGCUAAUUAUAAUAUCCCUAGCAGUGAUGGCGUACAAUCUGUACUGCCUCGGACUCACAGUAGUGCCCCAAUCAGACGACACCAGCGGCAACCAGACAACGACGACCCCUCAUGAGGGCAAGUUCAGGAACUGGGAGCACCUGGAGCAACUGUUCGGGAAGGGUCAGGAGUCACUGGAGGCGGCAGUCACCAUGAUAUACUACCUCAGUUACAUUGUCAUUUCGUUCUUCUUGUUUCUCUUUACGUGUUUGUUCCUGUGUGGAGCUUAUAAGGCGAACCACUGCCUGGUGUCGACAUUCUUCGCGUACAGCUUCGUGCAUCUGUUCCUGUCGCUGGUGCUCCUGGUGCUGGAGGCCACCUCGCGCGGGUACCUGCAGCUGGGUCUACUCCUCGCGUCUGAUGUUCUCCUAAUAAUUUGUUUAUUCGGAGUGAAGUAUCUGAUGGAAGCGAUCCACGCCGGCAACAUAUACAGCAGACCUGGAGAGGUCCUCUACAGAUAUGAAUACUAAUAAUACAAGUUGUAUAAUCUAUACUAAGUAAAUUAUGUACUAACUUUAAAAGUUAAGUACAAAUGAGACCAAUGAUUUAUAAGUUCGAAGAUU